UCUGGCUCCUCCAGAGAGGGCGGAGAAGGAGGCUGUAACGCGGCGGUGAUUUUGUGCCAGGGCUUCCCUGAGGCGCACUGAAAAGGCUGGCGGGGCUCGGGAAACUGGGGGGUUAGGGACACACAUUCAAGCCCCCACCCCCUGGGAGGGGAAGGGGGCAGGCGGCGAGGCUUGGGGUCGACGGAGGGAUGGUGUGCGGUCGGUGGGAAGGGGCGAGCCCUGCCUGUCGUUGGUGAGGGGCUGCGGGCAGGGGAGGCUCCGCGGGUCAAAGCGGCUCCAUGCCCACUUUGGUGGGUGGAACGUGUGGAGCGGAACGCGGAGGUAAAGCCUGACGGCCGCUCGCAACCCUUAACGUGGUAUCUAACGUGGGAUUUCAUUUAGCCCACGGGGGGAUUAAUUCAUUGGGGGCAGCCUCGCUGGUCUGGCUCCUCCAGGAGCUGGGCAACCUUGACGGGCUUUUUGUCUUGCUGCUCCAACCCCUUCUCCCUUCCUCCUCCUCCUCCAGAUGCCUUUUCUCUGCCCCUCCUCGCCCGGUACAGACAUUUCCAGGGCAGGCUGCUGCUCGUGGCUGCUGUCGAAGCCACUUCUCGGGAUUUCGGCUCGUUUCCCUCUGGGGUGUUUUUUGAGGAGGGAGAGUUUUUCUCCCCUCCACGAUGGGAUUUUCUUCCCGUGCCAAAAUGGACUUUCAUUGAUUUCUACUUACUUCUUCAACGUUUAGUGACCAAUUCCUUAGGGUUAUUUUUGUGGUAGUUCCUUUUUUCAAGUACAUUCUCUGUAAAAUGGAGAACGAGAUUUUUACUCCCCUUCUGGAGCAGUUCAUGACCAGCCCCUUGGUCACUUGGGUUAAAACGUUUGGACCUCUGGCUGCAGGAAAUGGGACCAACCUGGAUGAAUAUGUGGCUUUGGUGGAUGGGGUGUUCUUGAACCAAGUCAUGCUCCAAAUUAAUCCUAAAUCGGAGAGUCAGAGAGUAAAUAAAAAAGUCAACAAUGAUGCCUCACUUAGAAUUCAUAAUCUAUCCAUUUUGGUGAGACAGAUAAAAUUUUAUUACCAGGAGACUUUGCAGCAGUUGAUUAUGAUGUCUUUGCCAAAUGUCUUAAUCAUUGGCAAAAAUCCCUUUUCUGAACAAGGCACAGAAGAAGUUAAAAAGUUGCUUUUACUUUUACUGGGUUGCGCAGUUCAGUGUCAGAAAAAAGAAGAAUUUAUUGAAAGAAUUCAAGGUUUAGAUUUUGAUACAAAAGCAGCAGUUGCCGCACAUAUUCAAGAGGUAACCCAUAAUCAGGAAAAUGUGUUUGAUCUACAAUGGAUGGAAGUGACUGACAUGUCUCAGGAGGAAAUAGAACCACUCUUGAAAAACAUGGUAUUGCAUCUAAAAAGACUUAUAGAUGAGAGAGAUGAGCAUUCGGAGACUAUCGUUGAACUCUCUGAAGAGCGGGAUGGUCUUCAUUUUCCACCCCAUGCCUCUUCAUCUGCACAGUCACCUUGUGGUUCUCCAGGCAUGAAGCGAACAGAAAGUCGACAACAUCUGUCAGUGGAACUGGCAGAUGCUAAGGCCAAGAUAAGAAGGCUUAGGCAGGAAUUGGAGGAAAAGACUGAACAGUUGUUGGACUGUAAACAAGAACUUGAGCAAAUGGAAAUAGAACUAAAAAGGCUGCAACAAGAGAACAUGAAUUUGCUUUCGGAUGCUCGUUCUGCAAGAAUGUAUCGAGAUGAAUUAGAUGCGCUUCGGGAGAAGGCUGUCAGAGUUGAUAAGCUUGAAAGUGAAGUUAGCAGAUACAAAGAGAGGCUACAUGAUAUUGAAUUUUAUAAGGCAAGAGUUGAGGAAUUAAAAGAAGACAAUCAAGUUUUAUUAGAAACAAAAACCAUGUUGGAAGACCAAUUAGAAGGAACUCGAGCUCGUUCUGAUAAAUUACAUGAAUUAGAAAAAGAAAAUUUACAACUGAAGGCUAAACUGCAUGAUAUGGAAAUGGAGCGUGAUAUGGAUAGAAAAAAGAUUGAAGAAUUAAUGGAAGAAAAUAUGACUUUGGAAAUGGCACAGAAACAAAGUAUGGAUGAAUCAUUACAUCUUGGCUGGGAGCUGGAACAAAUAUCCAGAACUAGUGAACUUUCUGAAGCACCACAGAAAUCCUUGGGCCAUGAGGUAAAUGAAUUGACAUCAAGUAGGUUGUUGAAGUUGGAGAUGGAAAAUCAGAGUUUGACAAAAACUGUAGAAGAGCUUCGGAGUACUAUGGAUUCUACAGAAGGCACCACUUCCAAAAUCCUGAAAAUUGAAAAAGAAAAUCAAAGACUAAGUAAGAAGGUUGAAAUUCUUGAAAAUGAGAUUAUUCAAGAAAAGCAAAGUCUUCAGAAUUGUCAGAAUUUAAGCAAGGAUCUAAUGAAGGAGAAAGCUCAGCUUGAAAAAACAAUUGAAACACUUAGAGAAAAUUCAGAGAGACAGAUUAAAAUAUUGGAACAGGAAAAUGAACAUCUGAAUCAAACUGUGUCCUCCUUAAGGCAGCGCUCCCAGAUAAGUGCUGAAGCAAGGGUGAAAGACAUUGAAAAAGAAAAUAAAAUUCUCCAUGAAUCUAUCAAGGAAACAAGUAGCAAGCUAAGCAAGAUUGAAUUUGAAAAAAGGCAAAUCAGAAAAGAAUUGGAACAUUAUAAAGAAAAAGGAGAACGAGCAGAAGAACUUGAAAAUGAGUUACAUCAUCUUGAAAAAGAAAAUGAAUUGUUACAGAAAAAGAUAACCAAUUUAAAAAUUACUUGUGAAAAAAUUGAGGCCUUAGAACAAGAAAAUUCAGAGCUAGAAAGAGAAAAUAGGAAAUAUAAAAAGACAUUGGAUAGCUUUAAAAACCUUACUUUUCAGUUAGAAUCCCUAGAGAAAGAGAAUUCCCAGCUUGAUGAGGAAAACUUAGAACUGCGAAGGAAUGUAGAAUCUUUAAAGUGUGCAAGCAUGAAAAUGGCUCAGCUACAACUAGAAAACAAAGAACUGGAAAGUGAAAAAGAACAACUUAAGAAAGGUUUAGAGCUCAUGAAAGCAUCUUUCAAGAAAACAGAACGCUUAGAGGUUAGCUACCAGGGUUUAGAUACAGAAAAUCAAAGGCUACAGAAAGCUCUAGAAAACAGCAAUAAAAAAAUUCAGCAGUUGGAAAGUGAACUACAAGACUUAGAGAUGGAAAAUCAAACAUUGCAGAAAAACCUAGAAGAGUUAAAAAUAUCUAGCAAAAGACUAGAACAGCUAGAAAAAGAAAACAGAUCAUUAGAACAAGAGACUUCUCAACUGGAAAAGGAUAAGAAACAACUGGAGAAGGAAAAUAAGAGACUCCGACAACAAGCAGAAAUAAAAGAUACCACAUUAGAAGAAAAUAAUGUGAAAAUUGGAAAUUUGGAAAAAGAAAACAAAACCCUUUUCAAAGAGAUUGGUAUUUAUAAAGAAUCCUGCAUUCGUCUGAAAGAAUUAGAGAAAGAAAAUAAGGAGCUUGUGAAAAGAGCAACUAUUGAUAUAAAAACUUUAGUUACAUUACGAGAGGAUUUGGUGAGUGAAAAACUGAAGACUCAACAAAUGAAUAAUGAUCUUGAAAAAUUAACUCAUGAGCUUGAGAAGAUAGGGUUAAAUAAAGAACGACUCUUACAUGAUGAGCAGAGUACUGAUGACAGAUACAAACUUUUGGAAUCAAAAUUAGAAUCUACUCUAAAGAAGUCCCUUGAAAUAAAAGAAGAAAAAAUCGCUGCAUUAGAAGCUCGAUUAGAAGAGUCCACAAAUUAUAACCAGCAGUUGCGCCAAGAACUUAAAACAGUGAAAAAGAAUUAUGAAGCUCUCAAGCAGAGACAAGAUGAGGAAAAGAUGGUACAGAGCUCUCCUCCAGUUUCUGGUGAAGAUAACAAAUGGGAGCGAGAAAGUCAAGAAACAACCAGAGAGCUUCUGAAAGUUAAAGACAGAUUAAUUGAAGUUGAAAGAAAUAAUGCUACACUACAAGCAGAGAAGCAAGCAUUGAAAACUCAACUGAAGCAACUUGAGACACAGAACAAUAAUUUGCAGGCUCAGAUUCUGGCACUUCAGAGGCAGACAGUAUCAUUACAGGAGCAGAAUACCACUCUUCAAACACAGAAUGCCAAGCUUCAGGUUGAAAAUUCCACUCUUAAUUCCCAAAGUACCUCACUUAUGAACCAGAAUGCACAACUCCUAAUCCAGCAGUCUUCCUUAGAAAAUGAAAAUGAAUCUGUGAUCAAAGAGCGAGAAGACCUGAAAUCUCUCUAUGAUUCUCUGAUCAAAGAUCAUGAAAAGCUGGAACUUCUGCAUGAACGACAGGCUUCAGAGUAUGAGUCUCUCAUUGCUAAACAUGGAACUCUAAAGUCUGCCCACAAAAAUCUUGAGGUGGAACAUAAAGACCUUGAAGAUCGUUACAAUCAGUUACUAAAACAGAAAGGACAAUUGGAAGAUUUGGAAAAAACACUGAAGGUAGAACAGGAAAAAAUGCUGCUUAAAAACAAAAACCAUGAAACUGUAGCUGCAGAAUACAAGAAACUUUGUGGUGAAAAUGAUAGGUUGAAUCAUACAUAUAAUCAGCUUUUAAAAGAGACUGAAGUUUUACAAACUGACCAUAAAAACUUGAAAAGUCUUCUAAAUAGUUCCAGACUGGAACAAACAAGAUUAGAAGCUGAAUUUUCAAAGUUAAAGGAACAAUACCAACAACUGGACAUCACAUCCACCAAGCUAAAUAACCAGUGUGAGUUGCUAAGCCAACUUAAAGGAAAUUUAGAAGAGGAAAAUCGACAUCUACUAGAUCAAAUUCAGACAUUAAUGCUACAGAACAGAACACUAUUGGAGCAGAAUAUGGAAAGCAAGGAUCUUUUUCAUGUUGAACAAAGACAGUACAUUGAUAAGUUAAAUGAAUUAAGACGACAGAAGGAGAAAUUAGAAGAGAAAAUUAUGGAUCAAUACAAAUUUUAUGACCCAUCUCCUCCUAGAAGGAGAGGCAACUGGAUUACUCUAAAAAUGAGAAAACUGAUAAAGUCUAAGAAAGACAUUAAUCGGGAGCGUCAGAAAUCACUAACAUUAACACCAACCCGCUCAGACUCCAGUGAAGGAUUUCUUCAACUCCCCCAUCAAGAUAGUCAAGACAGUUCUUCAGUAGGUUCAAACUCUUUAGAAGAUGGCCAAACUCUGGGGACCAAGAAAAGCAGCAUGGUUGCACUGAAAAGACUGCCCUUUUUGAGGAACAGACCGAAGGAUAAAGACAAAAUGAAGGCCUGCUACCGUCGUUCCAUGUCCAUGAAUGACCUGGUGCAGUCCAUGGUCCUAGCAGGAGGACAGUGGACAGGUAGUACUGAGAAUUUGGAGGUUCCUGAUGAUAUUGCAACGGGUAAAAGGAGAAAAGAAUUGGGAGCUAUGGCCUUCUCUACUACAGCCAUCAACUUUUCAACUGUCAACUCUUCUACAGGCUUCAGAUCCAAGCAGUUGGUUAAUAAUAAAGAUACUACAUCCUUUGAAGACGUAAGUCCACAAGGUAUUAGUGAUGAUUCUAGUACGGGAUCAAGAGUUCAUGGAAUACAGGACAUUAACUGUGCAGAUGCUCAUAUUCCUCCUGUUCGUGGCAUCUCUGCAAUGUGCAGGGUUCCUUGUCUGAUCUGUUCUUCGAGACCAGCCAGCCUUGAUAGUGGCAGAACAUCCACUAGCAAUAGCAAUAAUAAUGCUUCACUCCAUGAAGUCAAAGCAGGUGCAGUUAAUAUCCAAAGCAGGCCACAAAGCCACAGCAGUGGAGAAUUUAGCCUGCUUCAUGAGCAUGAGGCGUGGUCCAGCAGUGGUAGCAGUCCAAUCCAAUACUUGAAAAGACAGCCCAAAUCAAGUCCAGUGCUCCAGCACAAAACACUAGAGAGUCGAGCACAUCACAAGGUCAAAACUGGUUCCCCGGGAAGUGAAGUUGUUACUCUACAACAGUUUUUGGAAGAAAGCAACAAGCUUACCUCAAUACAGAUAAAGCCCUCAAGUCAAGAGAAUCUUUUAGAUGAAGUAAUGAAAAGUUUGUCUGUCUCUUCUGACUUCUUGGGAAAAAACAAACCAGUUAGCUGUGGUCUGGCCAGGUCAGUAAGUGGAAAAACUCCAGGAGACUUCUAUGAUAGAUGGACAACUAAGCCUGAACAAUUUGUGAGACCUGGUCCUCAAAAGACUGAAGAUACCUAUUUCAUUAGUUCUUCCGGAAAGCCUACACUAGGCACUCAAGGAAAGAUAAAAGUAGUAAAAGAAACUUCUCUGUCACGACAAUCAAAAGAUAGUAAUCCCUAUGCCACUUUACCUCGUGCAAGCAGUGUGAUCUCUACUGCCGAAGGAACUACUCGAAGGACGAGCAUCCAUGAUUUUUUGACCAAGGACAGUAGACUACCUAUGUCAGUUGAUUCACCACCAGCUACUGCUGAUAACAGCAUCACUGCAGCAUCUAGUGAGUACCGUUUACACCAGUGGUCCUCUCAUCCACUUCACAGUCCAACUUAUGCUGUAGGUUCUCAAGCACAAAAUGAUUUAGCUACAGACAAGCCCACGUCUCCAUAUGCCCAGGCCAGAAACUCAAGAACAGAAAGGUCACAUUUUCUAAACCAAACUUUUGCCACUAUUAAUAUGUCUAAUGAUGCAUUUGGAAUAUCAGCUAAAGAUAGCAUAGACUCAUUUACUGUGGCUCAUCCAUCUCAGCCAUUUUUAUCCCUGAAUACAGAAUUAGUUAGUAACAUAAGUGGGCUACCUCCCAGACCAGUCACCAGGCUAACUGACCAGGCUUCUGCUUCUUUGGAUAAAGCUGCACAGAAGGAUACUGAGCAGUUUUCUGAUCAUCAGAACUGCAGUAACAGUAACCCACAGUCUUCUGUAGUUAGCAAUAAUCUUAUCACUCCUGCAUGCCUCUAUCCUGAUGACACAGAAGCUGCAUUGUUGGUUUCUGAGGAUAAUCAAACUGUUUGGUAUGAAUAUGGUUGUGUAUGAUCAAAACUGCACAAUAUAAUACUGAUGUCAUUUGAUAUGCACUGUGCUUCUCUAAUCUGAUUUGAAGAGCUGCUGUUGAAAAGUAUCAUUUGGCUAGGUUUAUACUUUUAUUUUUAAAUUGUGGAUAGUGUUCAGGUGUACAUUGUGGCAUGUAUAUAAAUGUGAUUAUGUAACCACAACAGAGCUUGCAUGAAUUAUUAAUUGCAUUGUACAUUUUUUGCAUGACUUUAAGAACCUUAACAAUACAUGCUCCUCUUUGACAUUUCUUGUCACCUAAUAAGAGAUUGUUACUUUGAUACCUAGAGGCAUGUUAAAAUGGCUGCAUGCUAUAAUUACCAACAAGGCAUUUCCAAGUCAUAUUUACUUCAUUGGUUCCAAAAAAGAAUGCUCAUUGUCUCUCUCCCUCCCUUUGCUCCCCUUUCCCUCUCUCCCUACCUCUCUUCCUCUCCUUUUUUUUUUUUUUACAAAAUGUGCACUUCAUAUUGCACAUGUACAGUAUUAGUAAGGAAACUAUGUUAAAAAGAUGUCGUUUUCUUUUGCCAUUUAAUUAUGCCUUCUGGCCUGCUGUUUUAUUUUCAAAGAAAUAGUUAUUAACUACUGCUCAUAUUUAUAAAAUUGUUCAGAUUUAAAACUUUGUUAAUACUCAUAAAUUUAGCGUAAUUCUUUUUUUUAAAAAAAAUCAAAUUUAAAUGUGACAUACAGGGACUAGGAGUAUGCGUAUUCCAUUUCUUCUCUGCACUUUUCUUCAUUUGAUAAAUAUAAGAGCUCAAGUACUAUCUUUCCUUCAAGAUGACUUUUUUACUUGGCAUCAGUUAACACAGUAGUUUUUUUCAGGUUUUUUUUAAUAUAGAGUCAGAGAGAAAUAAAGCAAAUCAUACUCAGUGUGUGAGAAAUUUGCAUUUUUACUUCUGUUCAAAAAGGGUAGCAAGCUUAUAAAGUGGUGAAAAUUGUUACUUAUAUAAUUCUAUAAUUUAUUUAUUACUAAAUUAUAUAUGUCCUUAAAACAGAAUUUUCUAAAAUGAGUACAUUGUGCUAAAAUAAAAUGCAAAAUUAGUAUUUGUAAUCACUUAAACAAACAAGUAUGUUUUUAGUAGAACAAAUUUUAGAAUUAAGAAUAAAUGCAAGCUCUUAACUAAAAAUUAAUCAUAAAAGACAGAGAAAAUAUUUGCUAACUCCGACUUAUGUCAUAAACUUUAAAAUUAUCUUGCUGUGGUCAUAGCACUUUUAAAGCAGAAUCAGCUAAACUUCAAUUGUUUUAUUCCAGAAUAAAAGAAACCCCAAGAAACCCAUAACCCUGAAUCACUUACUUCUAGAGAAGUAUAUCUUAGUUCUGUCUCUGAAAUGUUUUUGCCAUCUUGAUUCAGCCUAAAUAUUACUGACAGUCAUGCAGCCUGGCAUCUAGAAGAAAUGGGGAGGAAAUUAUUAUUUUACAUGUUGUAUUAAAUUGUUAUUAAUUGGGCAAAAGAAAACAAAAUUUAUAGAGAAUCUUUGCUUAAUGAAAUGUGUAUCCUGGCAAUUCCCUGGCGGUCCAGUGGUUAGGACUCCACGCUUUUACUGCUGAGGGCCCGGGUUUUAUCCCUAGUCGCGAAACCAGGAAUCCCUGAUCCCGCAAACCGUGUGGCAUGGCCAAAACUUUUUAAAAAAAAGAAAGAAGGAAAGACAUUUGUAUCCUUUAUAAAUUAAGCUAUUCUCUUCUUUUCUCAUAGCCAGCUCUUACUAAAAAUGCUUUUAAUGUGGGUAAUCAAAUAAACACAAUCAGAAAUUUUUCAUAUUUUUUAGUAUCUACAUGAGUACAUCAGUCUGUUUUGUUGUCACUUGUUUCAUAAUCAGUCCGAACAUUUCAAAUGUUUUUGGUGUCCCUUUUUGCAUAACCUGAUAAUAAAACUUAAUGGUAAAUAUAGGUGAGAUUACAUGGGGCCAUAUAUGAUACAAAUGUAAUAAUUAGUGUAAUUUCCACAUUUAGUCAAAGAUUAUUUCACAACCAUUUCAACUUUUUAGAUAAGUCUGGCCUUAUACUCUGUUUAAAAUAUUAAAUUUAUUUAUAAAAGUAUAUUGAGAAAUCAUAUGCUAUUAUAGUAAAAACUGAUUAUUUUAAAAUAUUAGACUUACAGGAAAGAAGUAUUUCUAACCCAAAUGGCUAUAGUUAUAUAUACAGCAUGUUUUCCAAAAGAACAUACACAUUGUGCAUGUCAGACAGAUAGAUACAUACCAUGUCCAUGUGUCUUGAUGUCAAAGAAUACAGGUUAGACUUCCUCCAGAAACUGUCACUAGCUGUAGAGUCAUAAAAUUCCCCCCAAACACUAUUUUACCUGUGUUUCUUGAUAGCACUUGAAAUCAAAUUUUUAGCAGUGAGAAGAACCUUAGAAAUCAUAUAGAGUUAGUGUUUCCCAAACUUUAAAAAAAUCAACGUAAUACUUUCUAUGAAUGAAAUCUUACAAAGAUGCCCCAAUUUUAAAAAAAAAAUUUUUUUUUGAGAUAAAAGUGAAGCAACUCUGACUCAGUUGAACAGCUGCACUUUUUUUCCUCCAAGACAGCUCCAUUAAUACUCUAGCGGCUUCACAGAUUACAGGCAUACCUCGUUUUAUUGCACUUUGCUUUAUUGUACUUAACAGAUACUGCAGUUUUUUACAAAUUGAAGGUUUGUGGCAACCCUGUGUUGAGCAAGCCUAUCGGUGCCAUUUUUCCAAAAGCAUUUGCUUACUUCGUGUCUCUGUGUCCAUUUUGGUAAUUCUCAGACUAUUUCAGACUUUCUCAUUGUUAUAUUUGUUAUGGUGAUCUGUGAUCAGUGGUCUUUGAUGUUACUAUUGCAAAACGAUUAUGACUUGCUAAAGGCUCAGAUGAUGGUUAGCACUUUUUAGCAAUAAAGUAUUUUUAAAUUAA